AUGCCGUUCUCGAGGUGUGGCACGCGACGGACUCGUACAUACGCCUCUUUGCGGACAAAAUUCGCGCGCGGGGACGGGGAUGUUGCUGGACGCACUUGCUGCUGGCUGGUCCUGACCAUCCCGGCGGUGGCGAGUCCCGAGAGGCAAGCACGCACGACGUCUUCUGAGGCUAUGGAUAUGAUCAACGAUAAUCAUAAGGAGGACACGCGAUGCCGUGUGCGUAACGAUGAAUGGGGAUGA